AAAACGUCGUCGUUCAGGGAGAUAUCAAGGUUUCAGAAAUUUGCCCCUUUUUUAUUACUUCGAUGACCCACGCCUCCAAAAGUCUUCAACUUUCACCCCCUUUUGCAAACCCCAGAAAUUCAAUUGCACCUUGCACUGUGGAUUUUCAUUCUUCCAGGGCAUGGCUUCAAGGAAAGUCAUAGCUAUAUGUCAAUCAGGAGGUGAGUUUGUGACGAAACCAGAUGGAUCGUUGUCAUACAAUGGAGGGGAUGCUUAUGCGAUUGACAUUGAUAAGGAAACAAAGCUGAGUGAUUUGAAGUCAGAAAUUGCAGAAAAUUUCAGCUGCAAUGUAGACACGUUGAUUAUCAAGUACUUCCUUCCGGGCAACAAGAAAACACUCAUCACAGUAUCUAAAGACAAGGAUUUGCAACGCAUGGUCAGUUUCGUUGGCGAUGCUCACACAGUUGAUGUGUUUGUUUCAGAGGAAGGAGCAGCUCGAAACACACCCAAUGCGCCUGUUGCUGUUAGUAGGUCAAGCAGGACAACCGUGUCAGAAGCCCUUGAUGUUCCUAUUGUUGCCCCUAUUGAUGUCAUCCUUGAUCCCGCCCAAGCCCAAUCCCCUGAUCAAGUUGAGGGGGAGGUAGCUAAUGCAGCCCCUGCACCUUCUGUUUGUUCUGGGGCCAAUGAUGACAAGCAUCGUAAAGCUGCACAACAGUGGGAAAAUACCAUCACUGGUGUGGGCCAAAGGUUUAACAGUUUUAGUGAACUGCGAGAAGCAUUGCACAAAUACUCUAUUGCCCAUGGGUUUGCUUACAGAUACAAAAAGAAUGACAGUCACCGUAUCUCCGUCAAAUGUAAAACUGAAGGUUGUCCCUGGAGAAUAUAUGCAUCAAAGUUGUCAACCACCCAGUUAGUUUGCAUUAAGAAAAUGGAAAGCACUCACACAUGUGAAGGAUCUGUCCUCAAAGCUGGGUACCGGUCAACAAGGGGUUGGGUGGGAAAUAUCAUAAAAGAAAAAUUGAAAGCUUCACCCAGUUAUAAGCCAAAGGAUAUUGCAGAUGACAUAAAGCGGGAGUAUGGGAUUCAGUUAAAUUAUUCUCAAGCGUGGCGCGCGAAAGAAAUUGCUAGAGAGCAACUUCAAGGCUCCUAUAAGGAUGCAUAUACCCAAUUACCAUACUUCUGUGAGAAGAUAAAAGAGACCAAUCCAGGGAGUUUUGCAACAUUCACGACCAAAGAAGACUCAAGCUUCCAUCGUCUCUUUGUAUCAUUUUAUGCGUCAAUAUCUGGUUUCCAUAAAGGCUGUCGCCCUCUUCUUUUUCUUGACAGUUCUCCUUUAAACUUAAAGUACCAAGGGGAAUUAUUAGCUGCAACAGCUAUGGAUGGAAACGAUAACGUUUUUCCCGUAGCCUUUGCUGUUGUAGAUGCUGAGACCGAAGAUAACUGGCAUUGGUUUCUUCAGGAACUGAAAUCAGCAAUAUCAACAUCUGAGCCAAUUACAUUUGUUGCUAAUUGUCAGAAUGGUUUAAAAAAGUCACUGUCUGAGAUUUUUGAAAAAUGCCACCACAGCUAUUGUUUACGCUACCUAGCUGAGAAGCUGAACAAGGACUUGAAAGGACAAUUCUCUCAUGAGGCUAGACGUUUCAUGAUUAAUGAUUUUUAUGCUGCUGCUUAUGCACCCAAGCAGGAGACUUUUGAACGUAGUGUUGAAAAUAUGAAAGGGAUCUCUCCUGAAGCCUUCAACUGGGUCAUGCAAAAUGAGCCAGAGCACUGGGCCAAUGCAUUCUUUAAUGGAGCAAGGUAUAAUCAUCUGACAUCAAAUUUUGGACAACAAUUCUACAAUUGGAUGUCCGAGGCACACGAGUUGCCAAUUACUCAAAUGAUUGAUGUGUUGCGAGGAAAGAUAAUGGAAACAAUUUGCUCACGACGGGCGGAAUCGGAUCAAUGGAUGACAAAAUUGACACCGUCCAAGGAGGAAAUGCUCCAAAAGGAAAGAUCAGUUGCUAAUUCAUUUCAAGUGUUCUCACAGGGUAACACAUUUGAAGUCCGUGGAGAAUCUGUUGAUUUUGUUGAUAUUGAUCAUUGGAGUUGUAGCUGCAAGGGAUGGCAACUUACUGGCCUGCCUUGUUGUCAUGCCAUUGCUGUACUGGAAUGUGUUGGGAGGAACCCAUAUGAUUAUUGCUCCAGAUACUUCACAGUUGAGAAUUACCGAUUAACAUAUGCAGAAACGAUUCACCCUUUGCCGGAUCUUGACAGACCAAAUGAGGGUGAAUUGGCUCUACCAGCAGUUACUGUAACCCCUCCACCAACUAAACGCCCUCCUGGUCGGCCAAAGAUGAAGCCGGUUGAGUCAAUAGACAUGAUCAAACGUCAGCUUCAGUGCAGUAAGUGCAAGGAGCUUGGUCACAAUAAGAAGACAUGCAAAAAUUCACUGCCUCUUGAACAGGAUACUUGAGCUAUUUCCAACCACAGCAGAGACUUAGUUAACAAGACUUUGCGGGGUUGGAGCUGCUUUCAGUCAACACACUUGGACUAGAAUCAUGUGAUUUCUCCUGAACAUCAUGACCGGUAGAAUAGAAGACAUAGAUAUUUGCGGAUUAUAUUUGGAUUUAUCUUUAUGUUGAUUUGAGAUUAUUAUUUUUAUCCUUAGCUAGAGACAGAUUUAGCUUCCAUUUCAGCUAAAAAGUAGAUCUUGAUGUGGUUUUGCUCACCCAACUGUCGCAGUCGUUAUAAAUUUAAGUAAUUGGACAAAUUUUGUAGCUCAA